AAAUAGCCUGAAGCAGGCACAUUGUAAGAAGAGAAGUUGAUACCUUCCCUCAAUUUUUUCGCCUUUACUGUAAACUCAGAAAGAAUGUACAAAACGAAGCUACAAGAGCUUUGCCAUCAGUUCGAAUGGAAUUUGCCGGAGUACGCGACGGAGAAAGACGGCCCUGAUCACAACCCUCGUUUCACAGCCACUGUUAUAGUGAAUGGAGUCUCCUUUGAGUCGCCCAAGGACCAAUGCCGUUCUUCCAAAGAAGCCCAAAAUCAUGCUGCCCAUAUCGCCUAUGACCAUUUCAUUCUUCCUCAACCCAUUCUCUUCUCACCGCACAACCUUCCUUCACCUGCUCUAAUACCAACUUCUCUUGGUGCUUCGACAUCAAAGAGUAAGGUGGGGGAUAGACCUCCAAAUAUGGAUGUUUUUCAGCAAAGACAAAAUAACAUUGGACAACUUUCUCAUGUCAAUGGAACUGCAUUGGCUAUUGUGGACACUAAUACCUCUAAAGGCAUGCUUCAUUUGUACAAGAGUCGAUUACAACACUACGCCCAGAAGCAAAAUCUCACUUUACCCGUGUAUUCUUCUGAACUUGAUGGCCCUCCUCAUGCCCGUUGUUUUAGGUCAAAAGUGACCGUUGACGGGGUAACUUAUGAAACUCAGGAGUUCUUCUCUACAUUGAAGGAAGCUGAACAUGCAGCUGCAAAGGUUGCUUUUGAGUCAUUAGCACUUAAUGACACUCAGGAGGAUGAGGGUUUGUACAAGACACUUCUGCAAGAACUGGCUCAAAAAGAGGCUUUACUUUUUCCAGUUUAUGAUACAGCCAGAACUGGCCCACCUCAUGCACCAGUAUUCCGCUCAAUGGUGGAAGUUGGAGAUGGGACUUUUCAAGGACAAGAAGCUAAAACCAAGAAACAAGCAGAGAUGAAUGCUGCAAAGGUUGCUUACAAUGCCCUUGUGAAACGUGGUCAACUAGAUGAACCUCUUCAUGUCCUUUCAGUCAGUUCAGAAUGUGUUGUUGCUGAUGUUUCACAACUAGUUGUUCAGCAGAAGACCAAAUUGAUAAUUGAAGAACUAAGUUUGCAAAAUGAAGAGGCAGACACAAAUGCAAAAAGACACAGAUGUUCGAAUGCACCCAACACAUAUUCCCUUAUCAGGGAUCAUCGUCCUGCUGCCCCAUUUGUUGCUUCAGAUUCAACUGAUGCAGUUGUUGAGUCUGUUGAUUCUGGUACGUAUGCUGGAACCAGUAUUUUGCCAAGUGAGAAGAUUUUCAUUUUACCCCGGAAAGCAAACAUGGACCUUCCAAGUGGUGCUUCUGUUUUGCCUUGCAGCAACGAAAAAUGGGUUGCUGCUAGCUUAGAGUUGAAUCGAAAUCACUAACUGCAGAAACCCAACUUUGUAAUGUUGUUUGAUGAAUCUUAUCUUGAUGAUAAAGUUCAAUUCUGAUAAUUUUGUACUGGUACUACAAUAUGUGUAAAAGACAUGUGACCUAUAGAUACAAAAAAUUAAUCUGUGCUAUAUUUUUUGAGUAA